GGGGGGGGAGGGCGGUAGUUUGGGUUCUGACUUGAUUGUUUACUAUUAUCAUAUGAUCGGAUCAAACCUCCUCAUCUAUGGCUUCGUACAGUCAAGAGGAUGACGAACACUACCGAGGGGAGUUUGGGGCGGGAUAUGUUGUGGGAUCCUUCCCCAAGGAUUUUGUGUAUGGGCCAGAUGACCCAGACCAGGAUAUGACUCUCAUCUUUGCACCAGAUCAAAAGCCAAAAAUCUUGCUCAUGGGACUUAGAAGAAGUGGAAAAUCAUCAAUACAAAAGGUUGUGUUUCACAAAAUGACGCCAAAUGAAACGCUUUUCCUGGAAUCCACAAACAAAAUGGAAUCUGAAAAUAUAUCAAAUUCCUCAUUCGUCCAAUUCAAGAUCCUUGAUUUUCCAGGACAGAUAGACUUUUUUGAGCCUUCCUUUGAUUCCGAGAAGAUUUUUGGAGGUCAUGGAGCACUUGUGUUUGUCAUAGAUGCUCAGGAUGAUUAUAUGGAGGCAUUAAACAGACUUCAUCAGACUGUUCUAAGAGCACACAAGGUCAAUCCACACUUGAAAUUUGAGGUCUUUAUCCAUAAAGUCGAUGGCCUCUCAGAUGACACUAAGAUUGAGAUUCAACGUGAUAUUCAUCAGAGAGCGAACGAUGAACUUAUCGAUGCAGGCAUGGAACAGAUUCAUCUGAGUUUCUAUCUUACAUCUAUAUAUGACCACAGCAUAUUUGAGGCCUUCAGUAAAGUUGUGCAGAAGUUAAUACCACAGCUUCCUACCCUUGAAAAUCUCCUCAACAUAUUUAUAUCAAAUUCUGGUAUAGAGAAGGCAUUCCUAUUUGACGUACUUUCCAAGAUCUACAUUGCUACUGAUUCCUCACCAGUGGACAUGCAGAGUUAUGAGCUUUGUUGUGAGAUGAUUGAUGUUGUCAUUGACAUAUCCGAUAUCUAUGGGAAAGAUGAAGGUAUGCAGGUCCCAUUUGACACAGAAAGUUCAAGUAUCAUUAAACUUAACAAUGCCACUGUACUCUACCUGAGAGAAGUUAGUCGAUACCUGGCACUUGUCUGUAUACUGAGAGAAGAUAAUUUUGACAGACAAGGCAUAAUCGACUACAAUUUCUUGUGCUUCCGUAAUGCAAUCCAGGAGGUGUUUGACGUGAGAACCAACCACCUAGCGCAGCUGACCAACAGUACGUCUCUCAUCCAGAACAGCCACACCAAUGGCCCCACUUCCUAGUAUAUCUUCAAACAAGAGUAGCUUUGUUGUCAUUUCUGCUCACACACUUGUAGUUUAUAGUUCUGAUUUUAAUUAAUUGACCUUGAUGGUUUUUGUGGACAAUCAGUGACUGUUCAAACAGUAUUAUAUAAAUUUGAUUAGGUAGACAAGAUAAAUUUGAUAGGUAGACAAGAUAAAUAUAAUUUUUUUUUAUUCAAAUUUGAAAAUAUAAAAUUUACACUAUUUCUUCAACAGUAUAGGAAUAAUUUUAUUCUGUAUGAUGCUUUUGAUGUAUUUUCAGUAUCUUGAAAUAAUUUUGCCACUACCUGUUUUUACACUUCUAUGAUUUCUUUUGUACAAAGUUAGGAAUACAUGACAUAAAAAACAUAUUUAAAUGUGUGUUUUGAGAAUGAAACUCAUGAUUGUACCAAAAACUGUAUCCCUGCAUAAACAGAGAUGAGUUUUUUGAAGAUUUGACUGUUAUUUCCUUCUGCUGAUCAGAGUUGUUGCUCUGACACAAAAUACCAGAUAAAAUGUUAUCCUAUCUCAACCCAUCCUCCUAAGCAGAUGGUGUUUUGUUUUGUGACCCAACUGUUGACUAAAAUGCAAACACCUGGAUUUUACUCUCAUGCUUCCUUUGUCUUGGCAUGGGCCAUAGGUUUCUGUUUGUGCAUGAAAACCAUCUAGUCCUUAUGCAUUUUACAUUUAUUGGUGUUAACAUAUAUUAGUUAAUUUUAACCUAACCUAAUUAGUAUGUGUGAGAAAGUAAAAACCAAGGUUGGCAUUAGGAGGAUAGGUCGACUGUUUGUAAGAAACUAAGUAAUGUUGCUCUCUGCUUUGCUGAUGAUGUUUGAUGUGGAGCAACCAACAAACACACUGGUUGCUCAUUUUCUUAGUCAUGGAUUUUUGUAACCUGUAAAAAUUGCCUUGGUAGAAGUUUAACUUAUCUUUCAUUCAGGUAACUUUUUUUGUAAGUCAUUAUGCUCAAACAAGUUUUAGAUAUACAGUAAACCCUUGUACAAUGUAUCUUCACAUAUGAUUUGUUUGCAAUGCAUUUCUAAAAGUGCAACCAAAAAAUUUCUAUAUUAUGCACAAAAAAAAUCGUCUGCUUACAGAUGGGUGGAUUAAGUGUAGCCUCAUGCCAUUCUUGCUAAACACGUCCACUAGAUGGCAUUUUUUCCUUACCUAAUGUUUUCCCAAAAUUUAUAUAAGACAUCUGAGGGGGAGGGGAAAUAUUCAUUAUGCAUAAAUAUCAAGGAUCUGCAAUAGUUCAGUAUGAUACAUUAAUUAGACCACCUUCUGCCUUUUAUGGUGUAUCUACUUCAGCUGUAUUUUUGCUCUUGUUGACAUUUAGUGAGUGAUAAUAAAGGCUGUGUGUUUAAACAAGAUAAUUUAGUGGAGGUAGUGUGCAUAUUCACAGAAUCUCUGCCAUGACACGAACUAGCUGCCCAAGCAUGUCACAGUCUGGAGAUUUUCCACGCCUUGCUAAGCAAGGGAAACUUGUACUUAGUUGACUAACACAGUGAAGAACGAUAUACAGCAGAGCCCUGAAAUUACGAUGAUGCAGUAUGUAGUAAAUGGUAUUUGAUACCAAAGGGGAAUAUGGAACCACUUUAUUACUUCUAAACAGUAGGGCUACUUACGGCCAUGGAAAUAUCGCUUCCACUGAGCAAGACAGUAUCAGUAUUCAAUGAAAAAUACCAUACAGGCAUACGUCACUAAUAUGGCAUUUUUUAAUUAUGUUCCUGUGGUGAUGCACACCUGGUUAGCAAUACAAUACUGUAGCAUUUGUUUUAUUAUUUUUACUUUUGCAUCUUUUUUAGACCUAGUGCUAUUGUGCAUUUAAUAAAUGGGAGUGUAAACAUGUUUUUAGGCUUCGGUAUGCACAUAAAAAAAAAGGCUGUGAUUCACUUUACUGCAGUGGUCUGGAACCUAACUUGCCAUAUUAGCAAGGAAUACCUGUACUUUCUUUAAUUAACAAGUACACACUAAUUAAACAUUACACUGGACAGUUUGUAAAGAGGAAUAGUACUGAAUAUAGUGUAAAUAUUCUUUGAUGAAAAAAUAAAUUUAGAUAUGGAAUAUUAUGGUUUGGGAAAACAUCUCCAAUUAUAAUAGAGGGCCUAUGGGAACAAUGAUUCUGAGCUCAGAUCACCUAAGUUUUCAGUAAUGCAUUACUGUUGUAGCCUUACUAAAUGGCAAAUCUCUUGUCCUUUUUCAUAUGUACUAUCAACACAGUACAGUAAUAUGUUGAGAGAGGUGGCAGAAGCAGGCAUUCACUUCAUUAGUCCUGUUAUCUCUAGCUUGUCUUCUGCCAAGUGUAUGUAGGUGACUGCCUUCUUUCUGAAAUACACACAACAUUACUGGCCCCUCAUGAAUAGACAUGUUGAAGAUAUACAAAAUAAUAGCUAUACAAACACAUUAGAUAUGCACUGAAGAGUUUCAUAAAGAAGUCUACAGCAUUGCUGGGAGCCAAAGCCAGAAUCAGCAGCUCUUACCACACCAUCAUUUUGUUUGUUUUGUACAAUUUGAUAAGGAAAUAUGGCUUUUAUUAUGAUGUGCACAUGUACUGACAAAGCUCAGUUGAUGCUGUUGCUGCCAUUUUAUUUUUUCUAUUCCCUGACUAUCAAAUGCAUUUAUCCUUGGUAUUGGUUUAGUGAAUUCCUAUUUGUUUGGUACAAUUUGAUAAAGGAAUAUAACUUUUAUGAUGAUAUUCAUAUGUACUGAAGGGGCUUGCUGAUACUGCCACCUGCAUUCUUUUAUUAAAACUUUUCUCAUCUAAAACUAUCACAUGCACUUUACUUUUGAAAUUUUAGUGCUAGAUGGCUUGAGAGUUUUAAGAAGCAUAAUAAAGUUCUGAUGACAGCAUAUUAGCUGAUCAAGCAUUUCCCUUCGCUACAUCCAACUCAGCCCAGCAGGCCUACAUUAAUUCUCUCUACACUGUAUAAAGGCCUCAAGUAAUGACUAAUAGAAUAUGAAUUAACUAAUUUUAUAGUAAUUUUUACAUUGUACAAUAUUAAAAAAAACUUGGGUGGCAAAUCUGGAGUGGAACCCUGUUAUUACCACAUGUUUACACCUUGCACAGUGCUGUGUGUUCUAGUGUACCAAUCUUCAGGAACGUAACCUACAUGUUAUGUGAGGGUUUACUGUAUUGCAACAGGUAGCUAAAUACAUUCAGGUAAAUGAGUGUUUGUUAUGGUGAUGCAAAAUUUCGUGAAGUGUUCUAUUACGAUUGAUAUGCACAUUACAAAUUCUUAUUAUAUUUAAAUGAAGCACUGAACCCACGUGGGUUCAGUGCAAAUAGAGGUGGAGGCUCGACCCUCCAUCCUCUAAUCAGGAGACAAACUCUGCUCUCAGCCAGGCUUGCCAAUUUGUCAUGCCAAAGACCCACACAGGGUUAAUUCUUGGAAAGACAGAAAUGCUGUAUAAUGCAUUCUUCUGCUGACAAGGUUUUGCUCAUACAAUGACUUUUAUAAACUACUGAUCUGCUUGUAACUUGACAAAGCCCACUGUGUGGGUGAAAUGUUGUCAAUAAAAGUGCAUUAUACUACAUUUGUGUCUUUUGUUUUUCCACGUUGGUAUUUUAUACCCUUUCUCUUCAUGAGAUUAAUUCUUGUUAACUAAGGCUACUGUCCUAAAUACCUGCAACGUCACAUGAAGGACAUAGCUUUGUCGUCCACAUUGCCUGCCCCUCGGGUCAUCACACACGGUGCUGUUGCCCAAGGGAGACUAAGGUACUUGAAGCUCCCUAGGGCAGAAACUAUUACUGUACAGCUUGUUUUAGUAUUGUAUAUACUCUGCUAGAUGCAAGUCAUUUAUGAGACUCUCUCAGGCUUUUUGAGCAAAUUGUGUCUAUAGUAUAGAUGUUCAUUUCAGUAAGCUCUCUUAUGAAACUUAUUUAGAGCAAUUUUUUUUUGCAAAUGCAAUUGAAAAAGACUAGUAUGAAGGCUCUUUCAUGUGCUAUUCAAUUUUGGAUUAAUUUUUUUUUUCAACUGCAUUCACAAAAAAGAAUGCACUAUAUAGAGGAACUUUUUUGAGAGCUGACUAUAUACAGUGGACCCCCGCCUUAUGAUAUAAUUUCAUUCCAUAAGUAUGUUCAGGUGCCGUUACCGAAUGAAUUUGUUCCCAUAAGGAAUAUUGUGAAUUAGAUUAGUCAGUUUCAGACCCCAAAAAUACACGUACAAAAGCACUUACAUAAAUACACUUACAUAAUUGGUCGCAUUGGAAGCUGAUCGUAAGGCGGGGGUCCACUGUAUUUCCAUAAGUAAUAAUUAAUUCGAUUAUUUUGUACAUUGAUGUCAACUAAAAGGAUACGUUUUUAAAGUAUUUGAUUAUCUCUACCUAUUUUCCCAAUCUUGACUCUUGUGUACAGUGUUUACAUAGAUAAGCCUUUCUAGUGUAGUGUAAUUCUCUUCAAUGUAGAUAAAGCUAAAAUAUUCCAGAAUUGCUUUUCACUUAAGUUUCUAAGUGUUGAACACUUUUUAAGCUUAACUGCAUGCUUCAGAUUUCCUUAAUAUAGACAUGCAAGCAAUAAUUGAUACCCUUAUUAAGAUGCUUUGCCAGUGCAGUAAGCUUGAAGAAGUCUGAUAAAAGAUGCUGAACAGGCAAAGCAUCGUCUAAAUGAAGCUAAACUACUGCUGAUUGUAUUUUUAUCAACUAUGGCUAGUUGGUUUUCCCAUACAAUCUAUUGUUAUAAAUUUUUCUUGAAUUGCUAAAGCAAUUGCACCUCUCGUUUAUUAUAUUCAUGUGGAAGAUCUGAACCUAGUGCGGUUAUAUAGUGCUUGAGAAAUGGGAGGUGAUUAGGUUUGAUCCAAGGAAGAGGGGGAGGGGGUAGCUGCAGUUCCUGGGGUCAAUAAGCCUUCACCAGCAUCAAGGCAUCCCUAAGACUGUGCUUCUCAAGAUGCUGCUUAAAUUCGAAAAUUUCUUCAUGUUUUAAUAAAUUUUUGUGCAAGUAUAUGAAAUAAUUAAAGGAUGUGUUUAAAUUCAAAUUAAAAAAAUACUGCAUUAGUAUUAACCACUGCACAUGAUGUACACAUGUACAUGUACUGUACAAAAUCUGUAAUUUUAUUCUCUAGAAUAGUUUAUCAAACCUUAAUUUUUUAAUGAAAUAAUUUGAAUGAAAAAAAAAAAAAUAAA